UUAAAAUGGGAAAGAAUAAAAAUAAGAAAAACAAGCAAAAUGCUGCUGGAGGAAACAGAUUUGGUUCUGGACCGUUUAAUAAGAAGUUUAAUCAAAACAAGCCAAUGAACAACAAUCAAGGGAUGAAAAAGGAUAGAGGCGCUUUCAAUGGCGGUAAUAAAGGAGGUUUUAAUAAGGGAGCCUUUAAUGGUGGAGAUAAAUUUGAGAAGCGCUUGAUGAAUGAAAAAUCUGCCUUCUCCGCAAAAAAGGACAUUAUUGACGAUAAGGCUGACCAUGCUGAAGUUUCUAGCCCGCAAAAACAACAACAACGUCCAAAGGAAAAUAAAAUGAGGAAUGAUGGGUUUAACGCUGUUCAUGUGCCAAUGAGUCAGAUGAAACAGCAACCUAACAAAAACUUUGGUGGGCAGAAGACUACGCCAAACACGAGUGCUUUGUCGAAGGAGAAAGAAAGCCCCAAGGAUUCUGGCAAAAAGAAGGUCAAAUUUGAAACUUCUUCAGAUUCUUCUGGUGAUGACUUUGAAAUGGUUGGGAGUGCUAAGAAUGAUGGGGUGAGCAAAAAUGAUGCUCAAGCAAAGCGUUUUGGUAGUCCUCGUGAGACUCCUCCAACAAAGCGCGUCAAACUCGAAACCUUGACAAGCUCUUUUGGAAAGGACAUGGAAUUGAAUACCAACGCUAAAAAGGAUAUAAACAACAAAAAAGAUGGAAUUGUUAAAAAUGAUAUUGUAGGGAAAAAGGACGCUAAACCAAAAGCCAAAUCAAAUGUUGUUUUCGACGAGAAUGGCAGUAUUAAUGAUUCUGACAUGGAGGAUGAAUCUGAUUUGGAGGAUCUCGAAGAUGAAGACGAUGGCGAGUCUCUGGGUCUUGAUGAUUCUGAAGAUGGUGAAGAUGAUUCUUUGAUGGAUGAGGAGGAUGAUUCUUUGAUUUUUGAUGAGGAAGAAGAUGAGAAGGAUAGCGGAAGCGAGCCAGAUGUUUCUAAAGACGUGCUCGACAUGAAAAUUACUGGUUAUGACAUUACUACAAACACUGGAAAUUGUCUUGUUCUCAAUGCACAGAAGGAUUAUUCUACAGCUUCGAGUCCAUUCAAAUUGUUCAAAUUUUCUGAAAACACUGAACAUUCCGUUCAAGUUGGAUUGAAAGUUUUACAAUGGAUUUUGAGUCCAAUUGUGACUGAUGAAUUUUUCAACAACAUUUUUCAAAAGCGUGUUCUUGUAUUGAAGCGUGUUACAAAUGGUUAUUUUGAUGGAUUUUUUAAUACCGAGGAUUUCAAGGAUAUGCUUAAGAAUAAUAAUGUUCUUUAUGGUCAAGAUGUUAAUGUUGCAACUUAUGUUUCUGGAGUUCGUGAAACCCACAAUCCAUUAAAAAAAGAAAUGCAACGCGCUACAAUUGUUAAUGCUCUUCAACAUUUUCAAAAUGGACGUUCUCUUCAAUGUGUUCAUCCUCAAGUUUUUAAUGACAAAGUUUGGUAUAUUUGUGAUGCUCUUCAAGAAGUUUUUUGUUCUUAUGUUGGAGCUAACAAUUAUUUAACUCCUGCUGGAUCUGCCGGUUUUGCGCCACAUUAUGACGAUAUUGAUGCUUUUAUGUUACAAGUUGAAGGCCGUAAACAUUGGAAGAUUUAUGCACCGAGAGAUUUGGAUGAAACUUUGCCGCUUGAGUCAAGUCGCAAUUUUACUGAUAAGGACUUUGCGAACUUUAAGCCAAUUUUUGAUGGAUGGUUAGAACAAGGCGACAUUCUUUAUGUUCCUCGUGGAUUUACUCAUCAGGCCAAUACUGGUCCAGACAAGCAUUCUCAUCAUGUCACUAUUAGUGUUUGUCGUAAAUUCUCUUAUGCCCAAUUCUUUGAGCAAGCAUCAAGCGAAUUUAUCCAAUUAUUGACAGAUGAAUCAAAACGUUUGAGAGGUUCACUUCCUCCACAUUUGUUUGAUAUGUGUGGAAUGGCUAAUAUUGUUUAUCCUAAUGAGGAUUCGUUGAACAAUCGGCUUAUUCCAUACGCCAAAAUAUUUUCGCGAAAAUUUGCUUCUGAGUUUGCGUCUUAUGUUCCAUCAUUUAUCGAUUUGAUAGCUAAAGAUUUCUUCCGAACUGCACUUCCACCAUUAUUGAGUCCUCAAGAGUUUAAACAAACUUGUAUGGGUGGAGCCGGUGGUUGUGACAACUUUUUGGACAAAGAAAAACGUCCACUUAUUGGACCAGAGACUGAAGUUCGUCUUGUACGGAUGCAUGGACAACGAUUGAUUUAUGAAGAUGAGGAGUCUGCUUAUCUUGUGAAUCGUAUGAACAAUUCUCGUCGUUAUGAUGAAAACGAUAAUGAGCUUUCUAUUGAUUUUGAUCUUAAGUACGAAGAUGGAUACGUUACAUUAUGCAAUUCUUAUCCAAAAUGGAAAACUGUUUCAUCUUUGGGUUGUGAUUCUCUUGAGAAAAAUAUUGUAUUGGCAACUCUACUUUUUAAUAAUUGUAUGCUUAUGUUGCGUCAAAAGGAGGAGAAAUGA